GCACCGCACACAGAACGGACCGCUAGCUUGUGGGAUUUCUAAACAAAUAGGUUUCUAGAGAAGUUUUAAGAAAUUGCCAAUAGCCAAGAUGGGGCGUCGCUCCAUAAACACCACGAAAAGUGGAAAAUAUAUGAAUCCAACAGAUCAAGCACGCAAAGAGGCCCGCAAAAAGGAGCUGAAGAAGAACAAGCGGCAACGCCAAAUGGUGCGAGCGGCAGUGCUCAAGAACAAGGAUCCCGCCCAAAUACUCGAGGAAAUGGAGAAAAUUGAUGAGAUGGAAUACAAUGUACUGCAGCCAUCGCCGCUGAAUGAAAAGGUACUCCGGGACAAGCGAAAAAAGCUGAAGGAGACAUUUGAUCGCGUCAUGCGGCUCUACCAUAAUGAUGAGCCCGAACAUUGGGCGGAGCUGAAGCGCAAAGAAGUGGACUAUGAGAAGAAACGUCUUAAAAAGCAGCAGUACUACGAAAGUGUGAAGCAUGCGCAAAGCGUGCAGGUCGAUGAGAUUCCAUUGCCAGCACCGGUGAGCACAACUGCAUCGGUUGGACCUGGUACGAGCGGUGGAGGGGGCGUAAUCUUCACAGGUGGCAUACGUGCGCCGCCACCUCCAAUGACAUUAGCGCUGCCACCCUUUGCCCCAGGUGCCCCUCCCGGAGUAGUCAAGAACAGCGCCGACUCUAGUGAACCAUUGACAGACAAGGCCAAAGAUGAUGAGGAUAAAGAUUGGCUGGGUGUACCUCCGGGGCCGCCACCCGAUUUAUUCGCAAUGACAGAGCUAGAUUCUGAUGCCGAGGGCAAUACAGAUUAUGACGAAGAGAAUGACACGGAGCGCAGUCCCAAACGACGCUCGCCUUCCCGCACAGAGCCCAGCCAGUUGCAACAACGUAUGCUGGCUAUGUCGGGACAGAAUAUUGAUGAUUUCAUGAAGGAAAUGGAACAUGUGCACAAGCGGAAGCACCGCAAGCUCCAAGACGAUGCAGACAAUAAGGACUUGGCCCACGAAGAGCAUGCGCCGGCAGACAGCAUGGACAACGAAAGGAAAACGGCUGCCAAAUCCCCUGCGGACACUUCCAGCGAUGAUGAUGAUAAUGACGAUGAUGAUGAUGACGAGGACGAUGACGAUGACAUGGAUGAUUCAGACACAGAAUCGCGUGUUAAGCUGAACAAGCAGCCAAUACCCUACAGCUCUAAGGAAUUGCCUAAAAACACUGCACCCUCAAUCAGCCCAUCGCCGACAGCAUCUGGAAAAACAACAACAACACCGCCAAUGGCGCCUUCGUUGCCGGCAAUUCCGCUGCCUCCUACGCCAGUGGCCACAAUUGGAAAUACACCUAUUCCCACAACUGUACCAGCACCACCGCAAAUGCCGUUACCGAGCAGCGCGCUUUCACACUUGUCACACGGCUUGACACCACCUCCAGGCUUGAUGUUCCGACCGCCACCCAUGCGCGGACCUGCUCCCGGCCUGCCAGGUUUUGGUAUGCGUAUGCCUCCGGGACCGCCGCCAGGUCCACGACCCCCACAUGCUUUGGGCAUGCCCCGCAUGGGCAUACGCAUGCCGCCGGGCCCGCCACCAGGUCUGCCGCCACGCAUGGCCCAUCACCUCAAGCACGGCCACCCAAAUGGGCCAACGCCAAAGGAACCCGGCAAGGGUGUAACCACUAUCACAGCCAAGCCUCAAAUAAGAAAUCUAAGCGCCGAUGUUACACGCUUUGUACCUUCGACGUUGCGUGUGAAACGUGAGGAUCAGCGGCGACCCCAUGCACGACCCAAACAUCUGGCGGAUGCGCACGAACGCGCUGCGCACGCGCCUCAGGAUGCGCAUAAGCCGCCCACCAAGGACGACGCCUAUUUGCAGUUCAUGAAUGAAAUGCAGGGCCUGCUUUAGGCAAU